GACCACGGCAUUUACACACCCGCACCGUCGUGGAAGUCAAAUCCGCAAGAGGAGGAGGAGGAGGAGACGAUGCAGAUCUUCGUGAAAACCCUAACAGGGAAGACGAUCACCCUCGAGGUAGAGAGCAGCGACACCAUCGACAAUGUCAAGGCCAAGAUUCAGGACAAGGAAGGUAUUCCUCCGGACCAGCAGCGAUUGAUUUUUGCUGGUAAGCAAUUGGAAGAUGGACGAACUCUUGCGGACUAUAACAUCCAAAAGGAGUCGACUCUUCAUCUGGUGUUGAGGCUCAGGGGAGGAACCAUGAUUAAGGUUAAGACCCUUACUGGAAAGGAGAUUGAAAUAGAUAUUGAACCAACUGAUACCAUUGACCGUAUCAAGGAAAGGGUUGAAGAGAAAGAAGGCAUUCCACCUGUCCAGCAAAGGCUUAUAUAUGCCGGUAAGCAGCUUGCAGACGAUAAAACAGCUCGAGACUACAACAUCGAGGGUGGCUCUGUCCUCCAUCUUGUGCUUGCGCUGAGAGGUGGUAGAUUUUAAACUAUGUUGGCGCAUCAAUGAACUAAAAAAGCUUGCGUAAUCCGUUUGCAGUGUGAAUCGACUUAGAGAUGUUACAAGCAAUUCUAUGAACAUGAUAGGAUUGUUGACAACUCCAGUAUGACAUCUUUUUCGCUCAUUCCCGUUGUUGCUUUUUCUUAAUUCCGCUUUUGCAUCAGAGCGUUGGAUCACCAAUAUAUGCACUCUUAAAUUAUAACGCACAAGCAUGCUGAAUGCCACUGGGUUUGCUCAA